AUGAAACAGAAAGAUGAGGAUGACAAUCAAGUUGGUAGAAAUAGAGGAGAAGCUGACAAGACAAAUUCAUCGGAGACUCAGAAAGCCAGUAACUUUCUUCUAAUUCUCGAUGAUGUUUGGAAACCCAUUGACCUAAACCUUCUAGGCAUUCCACAGAUGAAAGAAGUCGAAGUUUCAAAGGUCCUUUUGACUUUUCGGUUCCUGAAGGAUUGUCGGAGCAUGAAGACAGAUGUCGACAUCAAAGUGGAUUGCUUAGGUGAAGAAGAAGCUUGGCAAUUGUUUUGCCAAAACGUUGGGGAAGUAGCAAGUUCUGACCGCAUUAGACCACAGGCAAAGGCAAUUUCCCAUGAAUGUGGUGGAUUGCCUUUGGCUAUCAUGAGAGUGGGGACAACCAUGCGAGGGAAGAAGAUGGUCAAGCUAUGGAAACAUGCCUUGAAAGAUCUAAAGAGAUCAGUGCCUUGGGUCAAGAGCAUCGAAGAAAAGAUCUACUAUGACUUGCUUGAUGACAAGAUGAAACCUUGUUUCUUCUUCUGCGCUUUGUUCCCUGGGGAUUACUCAAUUGAAGUAAUAGAACUGGUGAGCUAUUGGAUUGCAGAAGGAUUCAUAGAUGAGCAGGUUAACCACAAAUAUUCGAUGAAUGAAGGAAUUACCUUGGUCGAGAAUUUGAAGGACGCUUGCUUGUUAGAAGAAGGUGCUCGUGAUGGCAUGGUUAAAAUACAUGAUGUGGUCCGUGAUUUUUUCUUAUGGGUCAUGUCUUCCUCCCAAGAUGAUGGUCACUCCCUUGCAUCUGUGUGGAGAGUGAAAAAGUCUCUACCUUUCUGCUACAAGGCAUUGCCUUGCUCCCUCAGUCAGCUUCAUAACCUGCAUUCUCUCAUCUUGAGGGACCGCUAUUACCUAGAAGAAUUGCCUUCCUUAGAAGUCCUUAAGAAACUUCAGCUUUUGGAUUCUGUGCCACUCGUAUAA